ACUCCUCUCUCUCUCUCUCUCUCUCUCUCUCUCUAUUUUUACUUGCUAUACUAGUUGCUUUAGUUGGAUUGUUAUCCUUCCCGCUGGCCUCACCACAAGCAACCAACCUGUCUCUUGUUGGAAGCACAGAAGCACAAAAGCACCAACAUCUCAACGGACCCAGCUCAAACCCAGCACAUUCCCAGCUCCCUCUCUCUCUCUCUAAAACCAUAGAGAUGUUCAAGCAGUCAUGCUAAAGAUGCUGUUGCCGCUGUUGGUUUCUAUCUCUCUUUUUCUUACAAGCUAACAGCAGAGAUUAAUUAACAGAAGGACUUGGAACCCCAAGAAAGCACACAAAUACUGGUUUGAGAUCAAUGAGACGAUGAUGCUUUUGUGACAGCUUUUGGUAUUAAAUAAUUGAAGAUUGUAUGCUUUUGUGACAGAAUAUCAAAAAAUCCAUGGAUUUUAGAGCUCAAGAUAACGAAAUGAGGACGUCAGGCUCGCUAAGCUAUGCUCAUUUAAGUACCAAAGAGUCGUCGCCGUCGUCAGCGGCAGCAGCACCAGCAGCAGAUCACCAGCAAAAGAGAAGACUUGGGAUUCACAAUGGCACUGGAAGUUACGGUUCUGCCACUGCUCCUCAUCACCAGCACCAAACCCUAGACAACCACAACCCAGCUGCUCUCCCGUUGCAGCAGUUGAUCCGCGAGCCAGAUCCGGAUCGUGCCCUAUCCGGGACCCCGGUGGCCCCACAUGGAGCCGGACUCAGUGGCAGUGGUGGUGGUGGUGGUGGUGGACCCAAGUCUUUGGGAAAAGUUGUUAGGUAUAGAGAGUGCCUCAAGAACCACGCGGCGAACAUUGGUGGUAACGUGUUCGACGGCUGCGGAGAGUUCAUGCCGAGCGGCGAAGAGGGGACGCUGGAGGCUUUGAAAUGCGCGGCGUGCGACUGCCACCGCAACUUCCACCGCAAGGAGGUGGACGGGGAGACGGCUGCUUUCAGUCCCGCGUCGAGAAGGUCGAGCAUAAUGCUGACUCCACUUCAACUUCCGCCGCCACUGCCUUCUUCCUCGGCUCUGCACCAUCAUCAUCACCACCACCAGAAGUACUCGAUGCCCCCGAUUGUCCAGCCGGUGAACGUGGCGUUCGGGAGCGGCGGAGGAGGGACGGAGAGUUCGAGCGAGGAUCUGAAUGCUUUUGAGGGUGGAGCGGUGCCGCCGUUUGCUUUGUCGAAGAAGCGGUUUCGAACAAAGUUUACGGUGGAGCAGAAGGAGAGGAUGAUGGAGUUUGCGGAGAGGGUUGAGUGGAGAAUUCAGAAGCAGGAUGAGGAGGAGGUGGAGAGGUUUUGUGCGGAGGUGGGAGUGAAGAGGCAGGUGCUUAGGGUUUGGAUGCACAACAACAAAAACACCAUUAAGAAGCAGGGUGACGUCACUGCUACUACUAAUGCCAUUGCUACAGGUCUGUCUUUUGACAAUGUGGAGGGAGAAGGUGGGGAGGGAGCGGCAGCAGCUGAAGAUUAAGUGGGGAAUAAGAGUAGUGAUUAAGAUUAUAAGAGUUAAUUAAGUGAGAUUUGUAUAAACAUGAGAGAGGCUUAGGCUCCUAGCUUUAGCUAGAUCAGAUAUUUGCAUGAUUAUGAUUAUUUGUCAGUAGUGAAGGGAGGACUUUGUUAUUGCUUUUAUUAUUCAGCUUUAAUUUCUUCUUUA